AUGCCUGCGCGAACGAAGAAGGAGGAGCAGCCACAGGCUGAGGAUACCAACAUGGAGGACGCCCCAGCCUCCGCGCAGCCUGAGGUGAAUGGCGAGGAUGUUGAGGAUGAGGAAGAAGAGGAGGAGAUCGAGCCCCAGAGAGUCCGGAUCCUUCCUGGCUCAACAGACACUGCUGCUUCCUUUGAGUUCACUGAUGAAGGCCAUACGCUCGGAAACGCGCUGAGAUAUAUCAUCAUGAAAAACCCCGAUGUUGAGUUCUGUGCUUACUCUAUCCCCCAUCCCUCAGAGCCCAAGAUGAACAUCCGCAUUCAGACCUACAGUGGAACUGCAGUUGACGCUCUCAAGAAGGGGUUGGUCGAUAUUCAAGAAGUAUGUGAUGUAGUUGCCGAUGAGUUCUGGACCAAGAGGGAGGCCUACAACGCAGAGCAGGGAAUUGACCGAUGA